AUGGCAGCAUUGAGGCCUCUGAAAAGGCCCAAGAUCGUCAAGAAGAGGGUGAAAAAGUUCAUCAGACAUCAGUCAGACCGCUAUGUCAAAGUCAAGGUACAGUUGGUGUUGGCCACUAUAUAUAAUUAAUUGUAGCAACAGUAUUUGAAUCCUUGCUACGUUAAUGUGUUGAACCAGGCGUUUUCAAACCUAUCCUCAGGGACCCCCCCAAGCUGUUCCGUGUAUUUUAACUAUUCCACAGCCACCACACCUCAUUCAACUUGUCAACUAAUCAUCAAGCCCUUGAUGAGGUAAAUCAGUGAGCUAGUUCAGGGCUACAACAAAACUGUGAAACAUCUGGGGGUCCCCCCGAGGAGAGGUUUGAAAACCACUGCGUUAGGGCACAUGGAAAACAAGUGUUUCUUAUUGGACAAAUUCCGGUAGUUCCUUCCUGUGUCAGUUUGUUUUCUUCUGUUUGGUGUCUAAUGAACACGACCCAGAUCUUGGUUGAGGUCUGGAACAUGCAAAUGAAGAGCAAUCUCUGAAAGUGACACAUGUUAGUGCUGCUGCUUCCUUAACCCAAUGAUUCCCACCACGACGCCUGCGCGAUUUGGAUUUCGAACCCCUUUUAAACAUUGUGUGCGAUAAGUCUGAUUAACGGGGGCUGAAGUAGAGUCCGAAUGGUUCAUUUUACAUUUUUUGUCAUUUAGCAGACGCUCUUAUCCAGAGCGACUUACAGUUCGUGAGUGCAUACAUUUUUCAUACUGGCCCCCCCCCGUGGGAAACGAAUCCACAACCCUGGCGUUGCAAGCACCACGCUCUACCAACUGAGCUACACGGGGCCCCGUGCUACAAACUGUUAAAAGUGAUGUAUGAAAAGCUGAGACUCACAAAUACAUGUAACAUGUUUUGCUCUAUUGCACUCACGAUCUACACAAGUGGUUAGAAGGUAAGGGGUUCUUCUACAGAGAAGAUCAUAGGGAAUCCCAGGACAUAGUGUCUAUAAUACUGUAAUAAGGUCACAGUUGCUGUCACAAACACAGAACUCCACACAGUUGUCACUGAAUACUUUGAUAUUCAUAUCCCACUAAGCAAAUUUACUGCGUUCAUACAAAUUAAUUUUGGUCAGGUGUUUUGAUUUGGCGGAUUAUACGUCAAUAAAACGUAUGAAUGCAACUGAUUGUCAAAUAGUUCUGUGUUCUACUUGUAGCCCUGGCUGUCAUGACGAUAAUGGUAAAACGCUUCAUUGUGAGGCUAAAUAUAAGGGCUGGACAUGCAGAUAAAUGACAGUCGGAUAAAUGACAAGACGAUUGUUGCUAGGGUCUCGGGACUGACGGGGUUAAAGAUGCACCCCGUGUUUUCGUAUAGUUUUGGAAGUGGUGCUCGCGAGCCAAAAGUGGCCCCCAUUUUUGUUGUGUACGUCAUCCAUUUUUGUAUGACGUUACCUCCUACAAUUUGUAUGUUACGAUUUCCAAUUCUUACCAUGUUGCGAAUUUGUUGCGCUUAAGUUCCUGGAGUGCGUCUUUUUUAAGGAAUGUGAAUGGGGAAAAGUGAACUGUCUUAACUGGCCUAAACACUUCCCUAACCCUAACGUAACCAGUGUAGUCACCGCGCUAGCUGGCUACUGUAUUCGCGGGAUAUCGCCUUACUACUCACCUCACUUACGUUUCUUCUUUGUAGCAAAACUGGCGUAAACCCCGUGGAAUCGACAACAGGGUGCGCCGGCGCUUCAAGGGCCAGAUGCUGAUGCCCAACAUCGGCUACGGUAGCAACAAGAAGACCAAACACAUGCUGCCUUCCGGCUUCAGGAAGUUCCUGGUCCACAACAUCAGAGAGCUGGAGGUCCUCAUGAUGAGCAACAAGUAAGUCCCACUCCCCGUCAUGGAUUUAAAAGCAUUGGAUUGGUGUAAGUAUCGGCUGGAGACUGGAGAGUUUCAUCAGAAAGCAGGGCUGCAUUCAGCAGGGCACCACGUUGUGGAACGUUUCACAUAGAAAUUGUAAUGUACAACCUAUAUAAUAGACGGGUGUAAGAAGGAGUCCUGUUGGCUCUAUUCAUGACAUUUCAUGACACCUGUAACGUUCAACAACGUUUGGGUUUCCUGCUGAACGUAGCCCUCGUGUGGAAGGUAAGACUCGUGGUUCAGCAUGUGGUGCAACGUUAUGGUUUGGUUUGUCCGACCGUGAGUCUUGUGAAUAUUUUUUUUUUUUUUGACUCCUAUUCAUUGUUUUUUAUUUUGAAGUGUGUUCAUUCAAGUGCAAUAUUUCAUUUGGUGUAAUGUUUGUGUCCUAGCCUGGUGGAACCAGCCUGAUCUCGCAAAUAGCUCACAUUCUGAAAUGAGACACGAGAGUAGCGGUUUGUCUGCUCGACCAGGCUAUGUGGGUCCUCCUUGGGUGUGUUAACCGUGUGUGUGUGUGUUAACCGUGUGUGUGUGUGUUAACCGUGUGUGUGUGUGUGUGUUAACCAUGUGUGUGUGUGUUAACCGUGUGUGUGUGUGUGUUAACCGUGUGUGUGUGUGUGUGUGUGUGUGUGUGUGUGUGUCCAGUAGAUGUCCUGCAUGGUGUAUAAUGUCCUGUAGAUCUAGUAGGUUCUGACUCCUCCUCCUCCUCCUCCUCCCCUGACUCCUCCUCUCAUCGUUGCCUGCUGGGUCUGCCAUACUCAUGACGGGUGUUUUGAAGGAGGAGGGAGAGCACGGCAGAGGACGUACCCAUUCCACCCUUAGCUUUCCCCGUAGCCAGGAAGUGGAAGAUAACCUGCUACAUCAUCAACCGGGAACGUGGCUAUUAUAGUUGCAUGUGGCUGAGCUUUAUCUACGUGCUUUAUAGUUUUGGUGUUAGGAAUAUGGCAUGUUGUGUGAUAGAUUUUUAAGUGGUGUAUGCAUGGCUCUUCAAAUUGAUUUUGUUCGAACAAGGGUUGGGGUGAAAAAAUUCAAUUUUAAUUAAAAAGCAUUGUGGGAAAUUUGAAUUGAAAUAUAAUUGACCCUAACCCUGAUGACAUCAGUUGUUGUUUCCGGAGAAAUUAAAUCUCCUUUUCGCCCUCGCAUGUCUGUCACUGUAACCAAUCUCUCCCCUUGUACUCCACAGGACCCAUGCUGCAGAGAUAGCCCACAAUGUGUCGUCUAAGAACAGGAAGUUGAUCGUGGAGAGGGCAGCUCAACUGGCCAUCAAGAUCACCAACCCCAACGCCAGGCUACGCAGCGAGGAACACGAGUGA